AUGGCCGGCUCGAACCCGCGACUAACUCAAGCAGCCUAUCAAGCGCUACCCGGCACACCUCUCGACGUCGACAAAGCACUGUACGACCGGAUCGGAUCUUGCUCUCGCACACUCUCGCAUUCGUUCAUCCUACCCAUCCGAAGCGGCAAAGCAUGGCCAGUCAAAGCGGGGCAAGUGUGUCGCAUCGUAGCCGUCUCUGGCGCUCAAGUUGGCGAUCUCAACGUGUGGUCGCUCUCCAAUCCGCGAGAGCGAUUCUGGGCUUCCCGAACACGACAACUUCAACGAGCCCACGUCUCCAUCUACGAUCGGCUCUGGAGCUGCCUACCAUACCUUCGACCUCUGUGCACCAUCACAGGGGAUUCGCUUGCCGACUAUGGAGCGGGUGGGAAUGGUAAAGGUGGUGGAAUGGACGCGGAAGGUGGCCGCGUGCACGAUCUGUUGGGUACACGAUGCGAUCCCUACGUCAACCGCAUGCUCACCGGUGAAGACUUUGACUAUCACUGCCACUCGAAUCUGACCAGAGCGGUCAGGGAGUUUGGAUUGGAAGAGAGCGACGUUCACGACGUGCUGAACGUGUUCCAGUGCACGGGGCUGAAUCAGGAGGACAAGUACUUCAUGAAGACGUGUCCUGCCAAGAAGGGCGACUUCUUCGAGUUCUUUGCCGAGACAGAUCUGCUGUGUGCGUUGAGCACCUGCCCAGGAGGCGAUCUGAGCAAAGCAAUGUGGGGAGAGGGAUCCGCUUCGGAGGGCAACGAUGGUGAUGAUCCGACGCUGGAAUGCUGCAGACCUCUGGGUGUUGAAGUGUACGACUUGGUCGACAAGGAGACAGUACUCAAGGGCUGGAAGGAACCAGAGCCGUACGGCAGACUGUACAAGGGUCAGCACGGAGGUGUGGACUCGUAUGACGUCUCACUCGAGAACCAAUCCGUCGUAGUCAAGGGCUCAGCACCCUACGAAACCGUGCUCGAGAAGAUCAAAAAGACCGGCAAAGAGGUCAAGUCUGGUCAAGUCAUCUCAUAG